AUGGACACCAGCCGCAUCGGCGGGACCAUCGGGUACCUGCCGCCCGAGAGCUUGCAGCGCCGGGCCACCGGCGGCACCGCCAAGUCCGACGUCUUCAGCUUCGGCAUCGUGCUCCUCGAGGUGGCCACGGGCCGGCGCGCCGUCGACCUGGCGUACCCGGACGACCAGAUCUUCAUGCUCGACUGGGUGCGCCGGCUGUCCGACGAGGGGAAGCUGCUCGACGCCGCAGACGCGAAGCUGCCGGACGGCGGCGCCGGCGUGCUGUUUGACGUCGGAAGGGUCAUGCACCUCGGCCUCCUCUGUUCGCUGCACGACCCCAGGGCGCGUCCGACCAUGAGGUGGGUGGUGGAGAACCUCUCCGACGGCUGCUCCGGCGGCGACCUCCCGCGUCUCCCGUCGUUCGUGGCGCUCCCGAAGUACAUCUCCCUCACCACUUCGUCGGCCUCCGACUCCGGCGCCACGACCGUCACCACCGACAGGAGCACGGCGACGACAUCUCUGUCCAAUCCCGUCUACGCCACCGCGGCCGCGGACACCAUCUACCACACCGCAGAAGACGAAGGGAGGACCGGCUCCAGGUCCGCGUCCGCUGACUCCGGCCGGCGGUCGUCGUCGCGGCUAUCUCCCGUGGCGGCGAUCCCGCACGUGGACAUGCCGCGUGAGAUACCCUACAAGGAGAUCGUCGCCAUCACCAACGACUUCUCCGAGUCGCAGGUGGUCGCGGAGUUGGACUUCGGGACAGGGAAGGUCCAGCUCUUUGAGCAGCUGGACCGGCCGGUGGAGGCCCUGGCUGACCGGCGGCUGGACGGCAAGUUUGACCGUAGGGAGCUCGUGAGGAUGGCUCGGCUUGGCAUAGCGUGCACCCGGUCAGACCCGGCGGCGCGGCCGAGCAUGAGGAAGAUAGUGAGCAUUCUGGAUGGCAACGACGAAGUGCUGGACAAGUUCGAGCAGAGGAAGGAGAGCACGGAGGACUGGCAGAGGAGGAACGCUACUAAUCUUGCUCUAGUAAGGAGAUUUCAGGCUCUUGGAAUUCACUGA